UUUCCCAUCCUAUACAAUGCAACUGGGGAUGUGAGAAUUCAAGAGAUUUUGCGAUCCCUAUUCAAGUCUAAAGUAAAUUUCCGGGCCGAAAGGCCCAAUAAUUGCACCUUUCACGUUGCGGGCCCGUAUCAGGUUUGCCAGAAAAGUCCUCCGUGGCGGAAUAAGGUGGUUAGAUGGACCCCGCCACCCACACCACCAUUCCAGUAGUAACAGGUUUCACUGAAACCAAAAAGCCACCGCCAAUGAAGAAAUCUUGCGAUCAGGGGUUACAUAUAAUGAAAUUUAAUCAACCCAGGGUUCUAAUUUCGAGCCCUAAGCUUCAUUAGUCGAAAAUGAUCUGGGAAAUUUCGGGCUUCGUCUGGGCUUUCGCUUCAGGUUCUUGGUGUCAUUGGCUACUGCUAUUUGCUAUCGUGUCCUCUAUCUAUCAGAAUGUAUUGACUUUGCAGACAGCUCUUGAGCCCUCUCGCAUUUCUUCUGUGUCUAUGCUAAAAGCUAGCCCACCAAAAACUGGAGUCUUUAAGCCCAUAGAAAUAUCACCUGCCUUUAUACCGCAUUCUCAGUUUCCCGGGGAAUCAUUGCCUCCAAUGUAUCCUACUUUUCCACCUACCUAUGAUCCUGUCUUAACUGGAAGGUGUCCUGUAAAUUUCUCUGCCAUUUCAAGUAUCAUGAACAAAACAGCAUCUGAUUGUGAUCAAGUCUUUGCACCUGUACUAGGAAAUGUUAUAUGCUGCCCACAGUUCAGUAGCUUGCUCCACAUAUUCCAGGGAUUCUACAGCAUUAGUUCUGAUAAUUUAGUUUUACUAAAUGCAGUUGCCGAUGAUUGUUUUAAAGACAUCAUCAAUAUAUUAGCCAGCAGAGGAGCGAGUGGCUUGAUACCUUCCAUCUGCUCUGUAAAGUCUUCAAAUCUCACAGGUGGCUCUUGCCCGGUGAAGGACAUAAAUACUUUCGAGAAAAUAGUGAACACAAGCAAAUUACUGGAUGCUUGCACAGCAGUCGAUCCACUUAAAGAAUGCUGCAGACCAAUUUGUCAGCCUGCAAUUAUCGAGGCUGCACUUAAGAUAUCUGGGACGCAAUCAUUUGUGAAUAAUGAUACAAAUCAUCUUGACAUGCUUAAUGAUUGUAAAGGGGUGGUGUAUUCAUGGAUGUCUAGGACACUUCCACACGAUGCUGCUGAUACAGCAUACCGUAUAUUGUCUGCCUGCAAGGUUAACAAAGCUUGUCCAUUGGCUUUAAAGCAGCCAUCAGAAGUCAUUGUAGCAUGUAAAAAUGUACCUGCUCCAAGCCCUUCAUGUUGUAGCUCAUUAAAUACUUACAUCGCGGGAAUACAAAAGCAAAUGUUGAUAACAAAUCGCCAAGCAAUAAUCUGUGCAACAAGGUUAGGGUACAUGCUACAGAAGGGUGGGGUGAUGACCAAUAUUUUUGAGCUUUGUGAUGUGGACUUGAAAGAUUUUAGUCUCCAAACAGCUGAUGGACAACAAGGUCAUUUUUUUCCCUCCACUUUUAUGUUGCCUAAUUGGAUCUUCUUUCCCUGUGUUGCAUGUUCAGGGUGUUUGCUUCAAAGCUUGCCAGCAGAUUUGGUGUAUGAUAAGUCAGCAGGCUUAAGCUUUGCUUGUGAUUUGAAUGACAAUAUUGAAGCUCCAUGGCCUUCAUCAUCUUCUCUCACGUCAUUAUCUCUUUGUGCUCCUGAGAUGUCCCUGCCAGCACUACCAACAUCCAAGACAUUCAGUAACCUUGGCUAUCGUGGGGGUUGGACAGAUCUCUUUGUACCCAUUUUUACUUUUUUGGUUUUUGGAACAUUAUUGUUAUAAAAAGGUUUUGCGGAGUGCUGGGUUGAUUUUAGUUGAAGGGCUUUAGAUUGCCCCUAGCAGAUUUACAUGUAAAUAUUAAUACCUUCCCUUGCAUAUAUUAGAAGCUAAUUUGGUCAUCAUUCUUGAUUGAAUUUAUAAUAUGAAGGAUUUUCAGGAUU